AGGCUGUUAAUCUGAUAUCGCUGAUAAGCAAAGUAAGUAGGAUCAUUGUCAGAGACACUUUAAAUGAGGCUUGUUUAGUUAAAUUUGCACCUUGGUUGCAGGGACGUGUAAACGAAAUAAAAAAAUAAAAUGGCUUCCCAAAAAGACCUAGAUUUUGGAAUGAGAUGCAUAAAGUAUAUGUUAUGCGUCGCCAACGUGAUGUUUGUGUUGGUAGGAUUGCUAUUGAUAUCCAUUGGAUAUACAAUCAAGAGCAUCUACACCAAUUUUGAAGAAUUUAUGGAAACCUAUUACUACAAUCCAGCAACUCUUUCCAUUGUAAUUGGAUUCUUCAUCUUCAUCAUUGCUAUGUUUGGCUGCGUUGGGGCUAUUAGAAAGAGCACUUUCUUGGUAAACACGUAUGCCUUUUUGUUAAGUCUGGUCCUAGUUUUGGAAAUUUCUGUGUGCAUUGCGGCGUACGCGAUGAGGUCCAACAUUGAGAAUAACAUUGCUUAUAAUAUGAGAGUUGCAAUGAGUCACUACGAUAUGGAAUAUAAUGCUUUCACCUGGAACUCCACACAGUACAAUUUACAAUGUUGUGGUGUCGAUUACUACGAGGAUUGGAACGUAUAUUCCGAAAGAACAAACUUUCCAUUAGUUGCAGUUGAGGUCAAUAACCAAACUAUGCACAUGCCUACAACUUGCUGUGAAUUCGAAGUUUGCACUCCAGGUAGUAUCUAUCUGCGUGGUUGCUUGCCUAGACUUUCCAGCAUCAUUUCCCAAUGCGCAUUACUAUUGGCUGUCGGAGCUCUCUGCGUUUCAAUGAUACAGGUCCUGGGUAUUGUAUUUGCACACAUGCUGGCUAAAUCUAUCAGGAAACUCAAGACCCAAAUGCUGAUUGCCAAAGAAGAAAGGAGAAGACAUUUUUAUGAACAAAUGGUGAAAAAUGAGAGCGAAAAAUCUAAGAAAGACAUAUUUGCUCCUCAAGAAUCCAAUGCUUAAAAAAGACAGUACUUAAAUUAAUCUAUAUUGUAACGAUUUUUUUCUUAUCGUGUUCCUUCACAGGCUUUAACUGAAUCAUAUAAUUUGUUUGUACAUUCUAGUAUUUUAUAACCUUAUGCAAAUUUAUAUUUUAUUAUAUAGAUAGAGAUUAAAAAUAUGGUUAAACAGAUAAUAAAAUUAAUUUGUUUUGGAAAAAA